AUGGCAACCAAAAUUUUAAUCUGUGCUCUCAUUGUAGUUUCCUGCUUACAACGCCGAUUAAUAAUGAGUUAGGACUUUUAAUAAAUAUUUUUUUGUCAUGAUUUUCAAAUAAUUUUAUUUUAUAAAAAAAUUAAAAAAGUGUUUAUGUUUUCUAUACACAUAAAAUGGUGUGCGUACCAACCCCACCCUCUUAACUCCUUAGUUGGCAUCCCACAGGGUGCGCAGGGACCUUGAGAAAGGGAGGAUGCGUUCGGGAAUGUGUAUCCGGCUAGGUUUUUUGUUUGUUUGGUGAAGCGCAAUGUCGGGUUGGCCGACUGCAUGCUUUACUCUAAUGCCAAGUUUUUCCAAAGUGGGAAAUAGGUCCGAAAAUUUGAAAGGGGUCUGACUAUUCCCGAGCGUGAAAAUAGGAGUUAUGCCCUGGGCUACGGAUUUCCAUUUUGGUCGAGACUCGACCAGAAAAUUCAACCCCCUUUUGAUUUUUAAUUGUGGACAACACUGCUGACGUAUAGGCGGAGACGCAGCUUACUCAAGUACUGGGGUGCGAGUGGAGCCCUUGUCCAGGAAGGAGCAACUUUUGUAAACUCGAGUACGAAUAGCAAGCUGGUAAAAGGAGCAUAACGAGUGAAGAUAGUCAUCAAGAAUUACAGCGAGCUUCUCGAUAAGUCUUAAUAACAAUAAUGUUUUUAUUUUCUAAUUAUAAUAAGUUAUUCAGCUAUUAAUUAAAAACCUAAAAUCUCUUUAUAAUAAUGGAAGCAAGUUAGCAGUUGAUGCAGAUGCAAUAAAGAAAGGAAUGUUCUCCAAAACAAACUUCCUAGAACAAUUGUCCGAUGCCGAAAUUUCACAUGAAAUCACAAACUGGAUCACUAAGGAUGUCUCUAACGGCAUCGCAACUGUAGAAGAUGGAAUCUUGAACGCUGAAGAAAUGUGUGCCGAUGGAACUCUUGUAAAAGAAGACUGUGAUAUCCUGCUUCCAUUUUUGUAUGACUUUAAAGAUAACGGUGGUUCAGCCUAA